UUCGUUUGUUCGAAUAGUUAGGUCGCUCCACAGUUCUUCAGGAAAAUUAAGAAUGGAUUCACUUGAGAAUGCUAAGAAAAAUGCGGCUUACAAAGCUGUUGACGAAUACGUCCAAAAUAAUUGUGCUAUCGGGAUUGGCAGCGGAUCCACUAUAGUUUAUGCUGUUCAACGACUUGCUGAACGUGUUAUACAAGAAGAACUUAAUGUAAUCUGUGUUCCUACAUCGUUUCAAUCUCGUCAACUUAUAUUAGAUAAUCAUCUUACUUUAGGCAACUUAGAAACUCAUCCACAUCUGUAUUCUGCAAUUGAUGGAGCAGAUGAAGUCGAUAAAGAUCUGAAUCUCAUUAAAGGUGGUGGAGGAUGCUUAUUACAAGAAAAAGUUGUUGCUUCCUGUACCAAUCGAUUUGUUAUCAUAGCAGAUUAUACAAAAAAUUCAGUAAAGCUUGGCGACAAGUAUAAAAAAGGAAUUCCUAUUGAAGUGGUUCCUAUGGCGUAUAUGCCAGUUAAACUUAAAAUUGAAGAUAAUUAUGGAGGAACUGCGAAAAUUAGAAUGGCUGUUGCUAAAGCUGGUCCAGUAAUAACAGAUAAUGGUAAUUUUAUUUUGGAUUGGCACUUUCCUGAUAUUGAUUCAAAUUCUUGGAGAAAGAUUAACAUGGAAUUAUCUCUGAUACCUGGAGUUGUAGAAACUGGUUUAUUUACUGAUAUGGCUGAGACAGUUUUUUUUGGUAUGCCAGAUGGCACUGUACAGGAACGAAGUGUACACAACUGAACGAAACUUAUUUGGAUGAAAUAUUAGUUGCUUUCCAUUUACACACAAGUGAAACUGAGUCUGAAGUGAGCUGAGUAUGAAAUAUUCAGAUUAAUGACGUCACUACUUGCUUAUUUUGGUAAAAUUAACAAGUAACAGGUUUAUAAUGUCACUUUUAAAGUGAGUCUACGAGACUCAAUAAAGCACACGGUCUCGAUCUUGUGCAGUUUGCAGGUAAAAACUCAGUUGAAUCUCACUUCUCAGAAUACAAAAGGAACGCGCAUUCAACUGAGUUAUGACAUCACAAGUGAGAAUUAUCUGAGAAUCGGAGUAAAUGGAAAGCAAUUAUUGAAUGCAUGUUAA